AUGCCGCAGUCGCGGCUGCUGAGCGGGACCUCGUCUUCCUCCUCCAGCUCCGACGGGGGAUCUGGCCUCCUCCUCCUCUCCAGGAAGCUCGCGGCGACGCCAAUCCCGUGGACCCGCCGCGAUGGCUGCUGUGCGCGGAGGAAGGCCGGCCGCGUGGUGGCGUCAGCGGCGAGGGGGGAGCAGGACCACUACGCCGUCCUCGGGAUCUCGCGCCGCGCCUCCGCCGCCGAUGUGAAGAGAGCCUAUCGCCUUCUUGCUCGAAAGGUUCUCUCCUCCUCCAUUCCCCUCCCUCCAACGUUUUCUUCCAUGGCCCUCCCCCGCCCGAAUUGACCACAGAUUUCUUCUCCGAUCGUCAAUGUGUUUGGCACUGCUGCUGCAUUCCGAGCGAAUGACCUUUGCUAUUUGAUCUAUAGCCACCUGUGUUGCAUAUCGGUCUGCAGAUUCUUACUGCUUUUAGUCAAGGUUUCAGAAUCACCAAGAGAUGCAGCUGAGGAGAAUUUUUUUUCGAUUCUCUGCAUCCUUUGAUAGAUCUGUACUCUCUCCAAUUUUUCGGGAGAGUUUUCCCAUGUCCGUGAAAAACGAGCCACAGUAGAACGCUCAUCACGAAUGGAAAUCGGCCAAAAAUUUUGCGAUACCAUUCAUCGGAAACCUUGUAUUCUUCCCUUUAUUCGGUGUUCAUCGCCAGAGUUUCCUUGAUUAUACAUAGGAAAUCGGACUAUGGUCAGGAUGGAUGCCAAACCCAUUGAUCCCCUUUUCAUAAGAACUGUAAACGGUUUGGAUCAAACCUGGUCCGAUCGACUCCCUUGCUUCUGAUCAAUUAAAUUCAAACCUGAGCUAUUUCCAAUCUUCUCCUAGAUUUGUACACAAAUUUAGAUCUGUUUUACAUGAUGACUCUUCUAAUAAUAGUUUCCUUACACCAAGUGAGAAUCUUAAAAUUAUUACAGGCCCAUCACAAAUGCUUCGAUCUGAAUUGAGAUAGGAAAUCUAGAAGUGGAUCAUCAGUAUGUUCAAUCUAUGCAGUUGACGGUUCCUUGCUCAUACUCGUAUCCUGUGCAUCUGGGUACGUUGGUCAACGCUUGAGAUUUUACAUGAUCAUCAUAAUCCCUCCCCUCCUUCCAAUCCGGGGUCUUCGGGUAGAAAUCAACUAAUAAAUUCUAAAAUACAGUUUGACAUUAUAGAUUACAUCACCCAUUUUAUAGAGAAUCUCCCACAUCUUAUUCUUACUCAGAUUUUUCCUUUAAUUCGAAUUUUUCUUGAUAUUGUGCUUCUUCAAGCGAUCAAAGCAUUUUCCUUCUCUUUUUGCAGUAUCAUCCAGAUGUGAGCCAAGAUGCUAGAGCUGGUGAGCUGUUCAAGAGCAUCCAUCUCGCUUAUGAGGUAGGUUUUCUACUUGCUCCUCAUUUCCCUGGUUCCCGGUGGUUCUCUCUCUCUCUCUCUCUCUCUCUCUCUCUCUCUCUCUCUCGCGGUGCAUAGAUUUCUUUUAAACGUUUUAUUUGGCUGUCCUACGUUGCCUCUCUGAGUUCCGAGAUUUCCUUAUUUUAUGUGAUAGAAAGUGGAGCCGGGAUUCUGAAUUCUUGGAUCUGUCGGAUCGUUUAAUCCAAUCUUUACGAGAACCUGGGGAUUGAUCCAGGUGCUGUCGGAUGAGAAGGGAAGAUCCCGGUAUGAUCGGGAAGUGAGGCUCCGGGAAGGAGCGCCGCCCCGGCCAUGGCCGCACGACCCAGUGUGGACUGAUGGGAGGAUGAACCAGUGGGCGGAGCUGAGACAGCAGAUGUGGCAGCGCCGCCGUGAGAGAGCCGCCGCCGCUGCCGGCUGGGCCAGCCGUCAAGGGGGAGGAGAGAGAAGGAGGAGAAGCUCCGACACCGAGAGGGGGCCCUUUGGGGAGGUCCUCUGGUCAACCUUCUUCUCUCUCUUCCUCAUGAGGGCUGUUGGCGCACGGAUUUCCCUCACAGUGACUGGUCUCCUCGCCUUGUUUGACCCGCGGCUGGACGGUGGCUACAAGAUGGGCUACCUCACAGCGUGGGUGCUUGGUGGUCAGGGAGGGGUGCUUCUGGCGGUGAGCAUCUCCUUUGCAAGCUGGGUAUGGGGGAAGAGCAGCAGUGGCAUUGUGGCGCUGGCGGUGCUGGUGAUGUGGGUCAGCGGGCGGCUCGCCGCCACUGUCCCCCUCCCUCAAGGUGCGAUCCUUACUCUCCUCUACAUGUCCAUGAAACUCCAGUCUGACGAUCCCAAGUGA